AUGGCCCCCUUUGGACCCCGCCAGCGCCACGACCCCGCCCCCCGCCAGCCGCCCCAACAGCAGCCCCAGAACCCCAACGUCCGCAACGAGGUAUUCGAAAACAUCUUUGGCCGUCCUGCUGUCGGCCACCAUCAGUCCCAUGGCCCUCCCCCGGGGCAGCAUGCACCCCCGCAGCCGCCCCCGGGAGGGACCUAUGGGUACAAGCCGUAUCCGCAGCAGCAGCAGCCCUCGUCCUACCUCCUCCCUGCCCAGCCGUCUUAUCCGCCAAGCUUUCCUGCACAGGGCCCACCUCGGCAACAGCCGUCGCCCUUCGCGUACCGUCCUCAGCCCACACCGGCUCCCCAGCCAUUACCACCAGCCGAGGAUCCGUAUGACUCUGUGUAUGGAGGGGUAGAGGGGGGCUACGGCAAUCGAUCGGUCAGUGCUGGGCAUCCCCAGGCGUUGAUGCCUGCUGGAAGACGUGCUUCCCUAGCACCGUCUACGUACUCUGGCACAUCCUCUGCCUCAGCCUACUCUCCGAAUCCCAACGACAUUGCCUCCCCACACCAGCCCACGGCACGACUACCCUCAGCAACCUUUCCUACGCCCAAACCACGGCUGCCUUCGGGCCCGAAUCUGCAGUACCCCGCAGGGGCCAUGACGCCCGCGCAGGCUUAUCAGACGAAUGUCAGUAGCGGGUAUGGUGCGGCGCAGGUGCAGGUGCCAGCGCCGCAUGGCAUGUCGUCGGGGGCGCCGGUGGCCUUUCCUCGGCGCCCAUCACAACCCCACUACGGGAGUGAAGCGUCGUCUUCAAACGCUUCCUUUGCUUCGUCGUCAAACCCGGCAGCGCUGGGAAGGAUGCCGACUAGCAAUUCGAUAACUUCGUUCCACAAGCCGACGACGCAAUCACCACCACCGCCGCCAAAUGUCGAGCGGUCGACGACACCAGACUAUAUCGGGCAGAUGGGGCAUUUGAGUUUUGAGAAUAGUCCGGUGAAGGGGGGGUUUCAGGAUGAUGUGGCGAAUGCUGGUGGAAGGGAAGAUGAGCGAAGGGAUAGGCAUGGAUCUGCGUCAGGCAUGGCGAGGGCGAGUAUGCAUCGCCGUAUGGCGUCCGACUCUAGCCUGUCCAGUAGCGGGCACACUACCAAGCCUUCCAGGCCUGUCAUUGCCCCACUAUCGACGAUUGAUGCGACACGCGACGAGGCGAUCAUCUCCACCCCCACAACCCCCACAGGAUCGGUCUCUGACAUGUACACCAUGGCACUCCUCAACUCUUCCCGCCAGAGUAUGGAGUCGACUUUGUCUUUACCCCUGCCGACGUCGGACCACCCGCUACCGCCUGGUGCUGCCCCGGGGUUCGAAGUUCGCUCGACAUCCUUUUCUGGGUCGACGAGAAGCGGCGAGCAUACACUCAAGGGACGGGGCAGUGGUUUCCUCCAUCGACACUCGCACGAUCACUCCAACUCGUUCUCCAUCUCCCGCCACACCUCUGUCCCUCCUGCAACACGCCAAGCGCUCUCCGCCCUCCCUCCCAUCUACCCCGCAUUGCUCUCAGCAGUCGCGGGAGCUUUCAAGCAGAUCAUUACGCUGGGCGAUCUGGUGAAGGAUGGAAUCACUUACAAGGAUUCGUUUGAGGGGCGACUGGCGGUUGCGGUGAUUGCAGAGAUCAUCAAGACGCCGGACCGCAAUCUCGCCCUCCUACUCGGCCGCGCGCUGGACGCUCAAAAGUUCUUCCACGACGUCACAUACGACCACCGUCUGCGAGACAACCCCCACGAGCUGUAUCAGUUCAAAGAACGGCUCGCGACGCCGUGGCUCGAGGGGCAAGAGAAUGGAGGGACGGAGAGCCCGAAGAGCGAGCCGGGCGGACUGGGGAGGAAUGGGAGUGGGAAGAGUUUGAAUAUGGGGAUGGGGAUGGGGUUGGGGAGUGGGUUGAGGGCGUUGAGGCAGGCGAGGCCGAAUUCGGAUACGCUGUCGAUGCAGACGUCGGGAUCUGCCACGUCCCUCACUUCCACCCCCGCCACGUCUCUCGCCCCUUCAAGGUCCGGCACGCUCGGGGUCGACUUGAACCCGGAAGAGGAUGAAGAUCUGCCUGUGGGAGUGUUUACGCUCUUGACGGAUUGUUAUUCCCCGACGUGUUCGAGGGACAGUUUGUGUUAUUCGAUCAAUUGUCCGAGGAGGUUGGAGCAGAUGAAGAGGUUGAAUAUGAAGCCUGAGCCGGGGUUGACGAGGAAAUUGAGUAGGGAGAGUUUGCACGAGGUCAAGGAGACGGGGACGUUGUGGAUUCACUCGGUGUCGCAAGAUAUUCUGGAUAGCGUGGAUGAUAGGGAGAAGAAGAGGCAGGAAGCGAUCAACGAGGUGAUCUAUACAGAGAGAGACUUUGUCCGCGAUUUGGAAUACCUUCGCGAUCUCUGGGUCAAACCGCUCCGCACGCAAGAGAUUGUCGACCUCGACCGUCGAGACGACUUUGUCCGCCAAGUCUUUUGGAACGUGCACGACGUCCUCGCAGUCAACCAGCCCCUCGCCGAACGCCUCACCAAGCGCCAACAAAAGGAACCUGUCGUCUCUGGCGUCGGCGACCUAUUCUUGGAGCGCGUCCCUUUAUUCGAACCGUUCGUGACGUACGGAGCGCAUCAGCUGUUUGGCAAGUACGAAUUCGAAAAGGAGAAGGGGUCAAACCCCGACUUUCAAAAGUUUGUGGAUGAGACGGAGAGAAAACCCGAGUCGAGAAAACUCGAGUUGAAUGGGUAUCUUACGAAACCUACCACCCGUCUUGGACGAUAUCCGCUUUUGCUUGAAGCGGUGUUGAAGUAUACGCCGGACGAUCAUCAGGAUAAGAAGGAUCUGCCAGAAGUGAUCAAGAUGAUCAAGGGGUUCUUGGGCAAGGUAAAUGUAGAGAGUGGAAAGAGUGAGAAUAUCUUCGAGUUGGCGCAGAUCGAGCAGAAAUUGGUUUUCAGGCCGAAUGAGAAUAUCGAUCUGAGGCUGAGAGACAAGAACCGCGAGAUUGUGCACAAGGGGCCGUUGAAGCGAAGGGGAGGUAGCAGGGAAGAGAUUGCGGAUCUGACGGGUUUCCUGUUUGAUCAUGCGUUCCUGCUAGUCAAGCCCAAGUGGGUCAACAAGAGCGAACAGUACAAGGUCUAUCGACGACCUAUCCCGCUCGAGUUGCUCGUGCUCGUCACCCCCGACGAAUCGUACAACUCUAGUAAACUCUCGCAUGGUCGAACACGGCUCAUCACCCGGCACACGACUUCCUCAAAUAACCAAGCCGCCAACUCUGUCGCUGCUCCUCCCAGACCCGAGUCCAAACAUGGCUUUUCCCUUACCAUCAUCCACCUCGGAAAGAAGGGCUACUCGAUGCAGCUUUGGGUGGAUACGUAUAUCGGGAGGAAGAAGUGGUUGGAGAGUAUAGAUAAGCAGCAGACGUCGUUGAGGGAGAAGAGCUGUGUGUUUGUUAGCGAGAGUGUCGCGGAUGGGUCACCGAGUGGAUUGAGAAAGGUCAAUUGCGCGAGUCCUUAUGACCAAGGAAACAGAAUGAUCUUUGGUACCGACGACGGUGUCUACUUUGCCAACCUGCGCGACGACAAGCUCAAGGAUCCCGUCAAAGUCAUCUCCCUCAUCGACGUGACCCAGGUCGACGUCAUUGAAGAGUUCCAGCUCCUCAUCGUCCUGCACGAGCGCUGCGUGACGACUUUCCCUCUUGAUUCGCUGGACCCGUCUGAUCCUGCCGCGGCGUUGAAGAGGGGAAAGCGGAUCAGCUCGCAUACGAGUUUCAUCAAGAGUGGAGUGUGUCUUGGAAAGACGCUGGUGGCUAUUGUGAAGAGUAGUACGUUGAGCUCGACGAUAAAGGUUAUGGAGCCAGUGGAUGUGGGACAGAACAAGAAGAAGGCGCAGGCGGGCUUUAUGAAGAGGUUGAAUGGACGAGAAGAUGCGUUGAAACUCUUCAAGGAAUUCUACAUCCCCACCGAAUCUUCCUCUGUUCAUUUCCUCAAGACCAAGCUUUGUGUCGGGUGUACCAAAGGCUUUGAGAUUGUCGACCUUGAAACCCUCGAUAUGCAGGGCUUGCUGGACCCGUCGGAUGGAUCUUUGGACUUUGUGUUGAAGAGGGAUAAUGUGAGGCCGAUUGCCAUCUAUCGGAUUGAGGAGGAUUUCUUGUUGUGUUAUGACGAAUUCGCAUUCUACGUCAACAAGAAUGGAUGGAGAGCGAGACCGAAAUGGGCUAUUGUCUGGGAGGGUGUCCCUACGGCGUUCGCCCUGCAUUACCCUUAUGUCGUCGCCUUCGAGCCUACGUUCAUCGAGGUCCACCAUGUCGAGACUGGGCAUCUCGUCCAGAUCAUUCCCGGCAACAACAUCCGGUGCCUCUUUGCCGAUACCCCUCCUUCCCGAGUCAACGCCCCUCCCCCUCCCAACCGUAUGAUGUACCCUGGUCAAGCUGGAGGAGUAUACGGCCGUCCCCCGCCCCACCCCGGAUACCCCUACCCUCCCAACACUGCAGCCUACCCUCACGCCCCGCCUGCCGGCAGAGGCUACUACCCCAACCCGCCUCUUACCUCCGGCGCUCGCCCUCGCCCGCCUCCCCAAAUGGGCGGAUACCCCGUUCCCCAUCCGCAUCAGCAGGCUCCGCCGGGACCUCCGGUGAAUAGGUUUGCGCGGUCGCAGGUGGUGUUUGUGAGCGACGAGAGUCAUGUGCAGUUCCUCAAGUUCCCUCCGCCGCCUACGCCGGGACCGCAGGGGCAGAGAGGGAGUCUAGGUGCGCAGAGUACGACGAGUCUUGCGGGGCCGAGGGGGUCGAGAUAG